AGACAGACACUCUGAUAAGGCCAUGAGCCAUGGCUGCUGCUUAUUGAUUGCCCUGGGAGUUGUCAUGUCACAGCCACUGAAGGUACAGCAGCUAAAGCUCCCUUUCUACUAGCUCGAGCUGUAUGUUUUUUUUUCCACCUCUCCGCUUGUCAGUUGGUUGGGGGUAGUGCGGGUAGUGCGGGUAGUGCGUAGAGUGACCUGCUACUGCCGUCAGCACGCUGGCAGCGGACUGGACAUGCCACGGACAUGAUAUGCUUGUGCCUAGAAUUUUGAUCAUCCUUUUUCCGCGUUCUAGCCAAUAGGAGUUUUGCUUCUCUCCCACCUCGCCUCGCCUUCUUAUUCUCGACACGUACUUUAUUAGGUCUAACGUGUCUAGCAACGCCAUUGUUUCUCCUACCUGGGGACUCACGUUUUCCCCCAUGGGAAGUAGUAGCGUGAAGUCCUCAUGCUGCAUUGCCGUUAGACGACAAUAGCGUCCUGACGCGCGACGUACUCGAUCGUAUUUAUUCCGUUGAGAGUUCCAUGCGAACUUGUUUUCUAUUCCAUUAUUCCUAGGUCUCUAGGCCUGCUACAUUCAGUAUUUUUACUUACCACGCUGCGACCAAUCCUCUUUUACGGUUGACCGAGCAAGUAAUCGGAUGAUGCCGCGUUAUUGAGCUUCGCGGUAUUAGCCUAGCCCUAGCCAUCGCCGUAUGGGGUGCAUACAAUCCAAACCAGCUGUCAAGGACCCGUUACCCGACGGAAUCAACGAAGAUGGAAGUGGAUCGGCGAAGUUUGACGAAACAUUGCAAUCGCGAGCCAAGGGGGCUUCGGGUCGUAGCAUUGACGACGCGACGGGCGGAAAGUCGGCUUCGGGUCGCUUGCCGUCGCUUUUCAGUAAAAGCCGUCGCAGGGACGAUCAGGGUGACAGCACGGACGACGCCGACGACAAAGGCGUGGAGGCGUCGCCUCGGGAAGCGACGGGAAUCCACUGCCUCCCAACGGGGGCCGUCCUCGGAUUCAAGGCUUCGCAGUCCUCAGCCUCAGCAACUGCCGGACCUGCUGCUUCACCCACAUCACUGGAACAGCCUGCAGCAGAGGAGGCGAGCACUCCGGUCGGCUCCAAGCUCAUCCGCUCCAAGGGCAAGAUCGAGGUGAUGGGGUUUGAAGUGGCGAACGUUAUCGUGCGGGCAAUCAACCUGCGCCAGUCGCUGCUGGAGAGAGACAUCGAGGAUCUACGAGCAGAAGUGCUGGCGUCUGAAGGAAUCAGGAUGCUGGUGUCUGAUGACUUUUACCACGUGUGGUGCAUUGCAGCAGAGGACAAGAGAGGAGAGUUAAGAGCCGUGGCAAGGGACGUGGCACGGCUUGGCAAGCAGUGUCUCGACCCGGCACUGCAUUCCCUGACUCGAGAGUUUGAUGCUCUGGGCACCAUGGAGGGCCCCAAGAGCCGCAUGACAGCAGCGGAGGUGGAGGGGGAACUGAGGGCGCUGGAGGGGCAGGCGCAAGUGACGGCGGAGCUAUAUCACGAGUUGGCAAAUCUGGAGUCGCUGCAACAGGCACUGGAUAGGCGGAUGAAACAGGACUCAGAUUCUGCUGUCAACAGAGAGCUGAUAGCGCAGAUGCGAGCAGAGAUAAAGGCGCAGGAGAAGAUAGUGAAGACGAUGAAGAAGAAAGGGCUCUGGUCCAAAACCAUGGAUGAGGUGGUGGAGAAGCUAGUGCAGGUGGUGGUGUUUCUGCACGAUCAGAUCGUUGAUGUCUUUGGGGCCGAUGUGGUGAAGGUGGGAAGACUUAUGUCCGGCACCCCUCCUACAGCUGCUGACUUGAGGAAGCUGGGGGUGAAUGGGAUGGCGCUCCAGUAUGCAAAUAUUGUCAACAUGAUCGACACCAUGGUCAUGCGGCCAGCGUGUGUGGAGACACAGAGAGAGGCUCUCUACUCCGCCUUGCCUGCUUCUGUCUGUGGGCGGCUAAAGCGGACGCUGCUGCAGUCAAGAGACAUAGAGCAGGAGAGCACAGACAGCAUCCGGCAGAAAAUGGAGGCUGUGUUGGACUGGCUGGUGACCAUGGCAGAGAACACAAUCCGUUAUGGGCUGGACAGCCGGGUGCAGGGCCACACGGACCUGACGCUGCUGCAGACGCUGCAGCACGUGGAUCACCUCAAGAUGGAGCGCCUGGUGCUGCUGCUGCUCGUGGGGCUGCAGCACCUCGCCAGCCGCAGCGCCGACCACGACUGGAGCCCCGUGCCCCAGGGGGUGCUGCUUGCGCCCGUGUACGCGCCGAGAGCCCCCUCCCCUGAUCGCGCUGCUGCUGCUGCUGCUGCUGCUGCCACUGCUGCCGCUGCUGCUGGUUCUGGUGGUGCUGGUGCUGGUGGUGAUGGUUAUGGUGGUGAUGCUGCUGCUGCUGCUGCUGCUGCUGCUGCUGCUACUGCUGUGCAUGCUAAUGGGUUGCUAGUGGAGGAAGGGGAGGCAGGCAAGAGGAUCAUCUCUGAUGCAGCCUCUGCUGAAGCCAGUGCUGCUAGUACAGCUGCUGCUUCUGUUGCCGGUGCUGCUGCUUCUGCGCCUGAGAGAUCUGAUAUUUCUGCCACAGACAGCUUCCAGUUCCCAGUCCCCUCAGCUGCUGCUGCUGCUGCUGCUGCUGCUGGCGCUGCUGAGCAGAGGACUGAUUCAGGUGCUGCUGCUGCCCCUGCUGUUGCUCUAGCUGGUGAAGAAGAUUCCGCAGCACCAGCGGCACCAGCAGCAGCACCAGCAGCAGGCACUGUUGCAAAGAAGGCCCCUGCAGAGGCAGCCACAGAGGCAGAACCAGCCCUACCGCCCAUUUCCCUCUCUCUCGCCCGUCGCAGCAUCUCAGAGUCAGUUCCAACAGUGGGCGACUGGGAAACCCUGCCCCGCCGCAUAGCAGCUAUGGAUGAAGAGACGCCGGGAGCAGCAGGAGAUAGCUUUCACAAUGAAAAGGAGGGUGGUCGGGAGAGUGGCACGGAGAGUGUUAGGCCUGGUUCGGCCGGACCUGGAACAGUUACCGGAGCAGUGGCAGGCUCGGAAGCAGCAGGAGGUUCGGCACUGGCAGCGGCUGGUUUGGUGAAGCCGGACCGGGCCUCUGCGGAGUGGCGGCAGCUUCGGCAGUCGUCUGUUAGUGAGACGUCUCUAGAGCCCGUUCCAGAGGUGGAGGUUAUGGAAGGAGAGGAGGGGGAGAAAGGAGAGGGGCAGGAUGAGGAAGAGGAGGAGGAGGUGCAUGAGAAGGAGAAGGGGGAUAUGCUGGCUCCGCUGGUGUCUGCGACUGGGGCAGGUGGUAACCGCCCUUCCAGCAGCGGAGGGAGGUUCAUCCCUGCUGGUGCUGCUGCUGCUGCUGCUGCUGCUGCUGGUGCUGGUGCUGGGGUUGCACCCAGUGCACUCCCUGCAGCCGAUUCCGAAUCUCCUGCUGCUGCUGCUCGUAGGGCCCUGGCUAGUGGCGUGGGCACCAGCCGUAAAAGUCUAGAAAACGCCCUUCGUAUGGGGGGUGCUGCUGGUAAACGCCCCAUAGAAACCGCCGGUGCUUUCGGAAGCCCCUUCGACCGAACCAUGUCGGUAGGUUCGGCAGCAGGCUCGAGCGCGGCAGGUUCGGGGCCUCUGGCAGGCGAAGCGCUGCUGGCAGCUAUGACCAUGAGCCAGGGCUUUGGUCCGGCGGCCCGAGGCUUAGCUUCGGAAGAGAUGAUGGAAGCAAUGCGAGAAGCCACGUACGGCCGAAGCAGGAGCCACACCUUUGCCAUGGCGGCUCGGCCUGACCCUAACCCGCGAUUCUUCACUAAGUCGCUCAGCAGGUAUAGCCUGGCUAGGAGAAUGGAGGCGGAGGAAGGGGGUGCGGGUGUGGGUGGAGGUGGGGGUGGGGGUGCGAGUGCAAGUGGGGUGUUUGUGCCGCCUCAGCGGUUCCUGCCGAUGACUCCGGCUACUCUAGAUGUGGACCGCAUUCACGAUGUGAAGCCGGAUCUGGACCUCAGCAGUGUUGCCACGCCGAGGGUGGGGAGUGGGAUUCCAGGGGCCCGAGGUGGGGGCAGGCUGGUGUAGGGCUUCUGAUAGCGCCAGAAGUGGUAGCAGCAGCAGUGCAGGUGGGAUUGUUGUGUUGCCACGCCGAGGGUGGGGAGCGGGAUUCCAGGGGCCCGAGGUGGGGGCAGGCUGGUGUAGGGCUUCUGGUAGUGCCAGAAGUGGUAGCAGCAGCAGUGCAGGUGGGAUCGUUGUGUUGCCACGCCGAGGGUGAGGAGUGGGAUUCCAGGGGCUCAGGUAGGCUGGUGUAGGGCUCGGGGUGGGGGCAGGCUGGUGUAGGGCUUCUGGUAGCGCCAGACGUGGUAGCAGCAGCAGUGCAGGUGGGAUCGCUGUGUUGCCACGCCGAGAGUGGGGAGUGGGAUUCCAGGGGCUUGGGGAGGGGGCAGGCUGGUGUAGGACUCGAGGCUGGUUGCAGUUCUUCUGAAGUUGGUGUUUGUGCCGCCUCAGCGGUUCCUGCUGAUGACUCCGGCUGCUCUAGAUGUGGACCGCGUUCACGAUGUGAAGCCGGAUUUAGAUUUGAGCAGCGUUGACAUGCUGCUGUUUCCGGGUGGGGGAUGUUUCAGGUUUAGGGUAGAAAGCAGGCUGUUUCCUACUGGGGUGCUGUUUGCUGGGGUCAGGUCUGGUGUGAGGGAUGGUGUUGGUAAUGGCUUACUGGAUGAGACAAGAGCCAUGCUGCCACCAGUAUUGUAUUGGUGGUGCUCCCCCCCCCCGCCAGUAUGCUUUAGUUCGUUAUGCUCAAUGUGCUUAGCAUCGCGUCGCGAGGUGUGGAGUAUGGUGCUGACCAGUACCAGUAGGUUAUGAAGGUUGUGCUUUGGGCUGCUGCUGGUCGUGCUGGUUGUGGGCCAGCUGCUGUUUUCUUACAGCUAGUUUUUGUCACACUAGCCGACUGUAUUACUUUGAGGUUGAACUCAGCUACAAUUAGGGUAGGUGUAGUGUGGUAGCUCUUUAGAUGUUAUGAUAUGACCUGCACCUGCAGUUUAGCUCUAUUGUAGUUUGUUUAUUUUCCCCCUGUUGGGCUGAGAAAAUGCCCUUAGGACCUUUCCAGAGACUAAGUCCCAGUUGUAAAAGGAGACUUUGAGUAGU